AUGCUCCAGUCCAACGGCAUGAUCAGUCCUGUGACCCCCAGCCUAACUCCCAAGCCCGAGAACUCAAUCCGACAACAGCCGAUCAUAUUUCCGCUCACUCCACCGUCGACCGCCAAAUACCCCCGGGCCGGUGCACCAGCCAAACUUUCAACCAUUGCUGAAUGCUCUACCGAGGACGAGAAAACACCACAGAGCUGUCGCAUCAGCCCAGACAGGGAUUUCGCUCUGACACCGACCCCGACCCCAACGAGGAUAAUGGCCAUGAUGGAAGAGGAAAAGAAGGGGAGGGUUGCCCUGUACAAAGAGCAAGUGACUCAGGCGAAGUUGAGACGGGAGAGGGCCAAGAAAGGUACCUAG